GGCCGCGUCCGCAGCCGGGGCGCGGCGAUGGAGGGCGGCGCGGCCACGUUCUCGCUGGCCUACGCCGUGCUGGCCGUGUGCUUCGUGCUGCCGCCCAGCGAGUUCCACUCGGCCGGGCUGACGGUGCCGCAGCUGCUGGGCGGCUGGCUGGGCAGCGAGGACGCGGCCUUCGUGCAGUUCCACCUGCGGCGCGGCGCCGGCACGCUGCUGGCCCACGCCCUGCUCCCGCUGGGCUAUUACGUUGGCAUGUGCUUUGCCGCUCCAGAGAAGCAGCUCUGUGACGUUUAUAAGGCUCCAGACAGCUGGAAGGUCUUCUUCUUGCUGGCGGUCCUUGCCCCCACCCUUGCCGGCCUCCUAGUCUACUACUGGUCGAAAAAGGGCUGGAAGAACCACCCGCUGGUCAAGGUCCUCUCACUGUACGCCCUUCCGCAGUCGGGGUGGGCGGCCGUGGCCGCUUCCAUCAACACAGAAUUCAGGCGAGUGGACAAGUUUGCCACGGGGCCCCCAGGGGCUCGAGUGAUCGUCACAGACUCCUGGAUCAUGAAAGUGACCACCUACUGUUUGCAUCUUGCCCACCAAAGGGACAUCCACCUCACGGUGGUCGACUCCAGGCAGCACGAACUCUUGCCGGACUCCCACAUGCCUGCGCAGUUCCUCACCAUCCGUGUUGACAGCGUGAACCCUGGUGUGAAACCUUUCGAUAUCCGGCUGAAUUCAACUGAAUACGGGGAGCUACGGGAGAAGCUGCACGCGCCCAUCCGCAGUGCUGCGAAUGUGGUCAUCCGCCAGAGCCUCAGUGACUUGUUUCUGGAAACCUUUGCCUUACUGGUGGAGAGGAAUCAGACUUACUCUGUUGAAAGCAGUCAGGAUCUUGACCCUUGUGUUGGCUGCAUGCAGACGACUGCCAAUGUCAAGCUCUUCAAGAACUGCCAGGAGCCGGACGAGGGCGAGUGCCAGCCGUGCUUCUGCCGCCCCAUGUGGUGCCUCAGCUGCCUGGGGAGGUGGUUUGCCAGCCGGCAGGACCAGCAGCAGCCGGAGACCUGGCUCUCCAGCCGCGUGCCCUGCCCGACGUGCCGGGCAAAGUUCUGCAUCUUAGAUGUCUGUGCGAUCCGAUGAACGAGGCCUGGAACCUGUUGCAGCUCCGGGAGACUGUCAGGUCCGCGUAUGGACUUCAUUCUGCUCGUGUGGGUGCCUCUGCUACACUGUGCUUCGUUUUCCGUUCUGCUUAAUUUUCUUCGAUUCUAACUCACAUUUCAUUGCUGUAAUGGAACAAUUGGGAGUUUGUCCCCCAGCCUUUAAACUUUGGCGAUUCCUUUUUGUUCUGUUACAUUUUGGGUGACAGGUAGUCUUAUCACAUCAGACCUCUGCUGCCAGAAGUAUUCUUUAAAAUCAAAAGGGGUUAACUUCUCUGUAUUAAGCAGUAUAUAAUUGUAAAGUAUUCUUCCUAUGCUGAAACAAGAAUCACAGCUCAGCUUUUUUGGCAUGUAUAAAAUUCCAUCUCCAUUUCCCUAAAACAUCUUUAAAGUUUGUCCCCCCCCCCACCUUUUCAGCUUGUAUUAUCAUAUAUGCUUUAAAACUCAUUGAGUUUACUCCAAACUAGGCUAUUUUAACUUUAUUCCAUUUGAAAUCAACAACUUAGGUUAAUUCCACAGAGUUCAGUAAGAGCACAAUUCUUUUAAUAGUGUACUUCUGUGCAAAUCUAUUUAGCGUAAGCCUUCUCGAAUUCAGCCAGACUUAUGUCCACAUAAAUGGAUGGGCUUCAAUCCAUUAGUAACUUAGGAGUAGUUUUGUCACCUUUCAGUUCCUAGGGUAGCACCCAGUACUAUGCAGAGUAGGCCCAUUGAACUGCAUGCUACUUACAUUAGUGUGACUAACCAUGAUUCAUUUCAAAAGAUUUGCACUAGACAUUGCUAUACCUGGGAGUCCUACUUUUGGAUUCAAGCAUAGUAAGAACUAAGAAGAAACAACAUUCUUGGAUUUCUGUUCCAUUUGUUUUUUAAAAGAUUCAUUUGUAAGAAUGCAUAAAAUGGAAUAGUAAUCCUUUUAAAUCUUAGCUCAUAAGCUUAUUGUUGAGCUUACCAUUAUUUUUAGCAAAGGCCUUGGGUGGAAAAUGUGUUUGGAGAUUAAGCAAAACCAUGGUUUUGAAAAACGGAAUAUUACAUAAUUACCUUGCUCAUAAAAGGAGUUGGCUGUUUUCUAACAUGGAAAGCUCUACUCAAGCCCUUCCUGUGAAAAAACGUUUCCAGCUGAGAACUUCGGUUUUUUGCAUACACAAUUGGAGGCCAAAUUAAGGCCUUGAUUCUAUAAAUGAGAAGUUUAGAACUGGUUGGAUCAGAUCUGUGUAUAGGCACUUAAAUACAUGUCUCAUGAAAAAUGAAUUCCCAGUACAGUGGAUUUCAUUCAUGUUUUUCCCAAACACUGCGUUCUCUGUAUUCUUGUUGCUUUAUCAGUCCUAAGGCUCAUUUGUCCUCUGGGGCUGCUUGGGAACGUAAGGUGGGCAUUGGCAGGUUUGUAAUAAAGUGUGUGUCCGGAUGCUA